AUGGAGCUCAACAAAAAUCCAGUGGAAGGCUUUUCAGCGGGCUUAAUAGAUGACAAUGAUCUUUAUCGAUGGGAAGUCCUUAUUAUUGGUCCUCCAGAUACACUAUAUGAAGGUGGUGUUUUCAAGGCUCAUCUUACUUUUCCGAAAGACUAUCCACUGAGGCCGCCAAAAAUGAAAUUCAUCACAGAAAUCUGGCAUCCGAAUGUUGACAAGAAUGGCGAUGUCUGCAUUUCAAUUCUUCAUGAGCCUGGAGAAGACAAAUAUGGCUAUGAAAAACCUGAGGAACGCUGGCUUCCCAUUCACACAGUGGAAACUAUAAUGAUUAGUGUUAUUUCUAUGCUGGCAGAUCCCAAUGGUGAUUCUCCUGCUAAUGUUGACGCAGCGGUCUUCAAUUGAGAAACAUGGCACUGUUUUUUUCCUGCACUCUACCCACCUUUUGCUGGACUUCUGUUGUUACAAGUUGGCAAACACUGGCUGGAACUGGGCUGCAAUAAAACAUGCCAGUUAUCAAUGCUGACAAGAGCCUAACAAGUGCCAACACAAGAUGAUUACGCAUUUUGAAAUCUAAUGAACUGCUUUAACCUUCAGGAAGAAUUGUAAAGAUGUGUACAUAGCACAACAUGAUCCGGAUAAUAUAUAUACUGUUCAUGUACAUCCACAAAUACACAUUGUACCAAAUAAUGCUGUCUGUAGUUAGGAAUAGAAUCGUGUAAAUUCUAAAGAUUUUAGCAGGUUUUUCUCUCCCUAUUCAUUGUUUCCUAUCAAUUUUAAAAAAACAACAACUUGUGAAGCAUGUCAGACUAAAACCAAUUUGGACAAAGUUGUUUUGUUUUGGUCCCCCCCUUAAUUUUUCCUUUGACCCACUGAGGCUUAAUUAAAAUCUCUUGCUUAUUAAAGUUUAGUAUCUCUUUUAUUGGUUUUUGGAAGUGUGCUCCCUUUUAUUUCCCCCAUCAGAACUUAAAAAUUUUCCUAAUUAAACCCUGAAAGAAUUUGCUAUCAAUUACUUGUGUCUUCUUUUUAUGAUGACCUUUGUAGUCCCAAAGGUGCUUCCCCCCCUUAUUUAAACCCAAUUGCCCAUAGUUCUUGAAUUGGGUAUAGCAAUAAAACUGGCCACGGAGCAGCCUGCUGGAUUUUUAACUUCCAAGGGACUUGAGCGCUUUCAUUUGGAAGUUCAGUUGACUAAGUUAGUCCAUGAUAGGAAUGAGCUGCUUUUUAUGGGUGAUAUUUUCUUCUUUUGCCUUUUUCAUUGCUUGUUUGUGGGGUGGGGUGUGGGGGGGGGAGGCUUGUUUUUUCUCAAGGUUGAGUUCAAGCAUGCACAUCUGUAGGCUUUCAAAUUAUUAACUUCUGGGUUUGGUAUCAAAAAUAGUUUCCCUCCUCUUUCCUUUUUCUCUUCUGUGCCCCUUCAUAUUCUUUGCCUUCUACUUCAGAGUUUUCCUCAUCUAAUGUACAAAGAAAAUUGCGAUGUAUAUUUUCAUGUAAUUUGAUUUUUUGGAAUUCUGUCACCUUCUGUAGUGAGUUCUUCCAAAAUAUAAUUUUUUCCAAUAA